AUGGCCGUGUGUAUACUAUAUACUGGGGUGCUGUGUGUGCUCAUUUAAAGGUCCACACAGACACAUACAACAAAGAUCGAUAUCUUCCCGGGUGUACUCGGCUUUUCUUUAUAACAAUCCCAUCAAGUUUGGACAGGCUACUGUACGGCUAUGUUCUAGUGGCAUUAUCAGAGACUGCCGGGAAGGUAAACAGACAUGGACAUCGGUCGGCGGUUGUAGGACUGACAUACACAACUCGCGGAUAUUUCCGGGCUCCAGAUAGGUAUAUUCCGGCCUGAGACACGGUGGGAUUUCGGCCGGGAGUAUUUUAAAUGGGAUUAGCGCGGAUUACCUCUUAACGUUUUGCUUCGCUGUGAGAUUUCAUUGAAAGUUGACAAGUGGAUAUUAACACUGAAGUGUAUCACUGUUGAAUUUAACAUUCAUAGAGCCACAGAACGGUGUAUGCAGAGUAUAGCGUUAGUAUACCUGUGUUACCGACUCUCCCGAUAACGUGUGCCCCAUACCUGUACCAGUAGCAUAGCGAAAUGAGGUGACCUCUGGAUACCACAGACAUGGAUUUCUCUAAGUUCCGGGAGUCCGGGGAUCUAUCGGACAUCGUCGUUAUCCUGGGAGGCACGGAGUUCCCUCUACACAGGUUUCCGCUGUAUGCCAAAUCUGAAUACUUUGUCAAGGUCAGUCGUACCUCCCCGGCUGACAGCAACAAAGUGGAACUGCUCGACUUCCCCGGAGGUGCGGACAUAUUCGGAAUUGUGGCGGACUUUUGCUACAAUAUGAAGAUUGACAUGACCAAGAACAAUAUUGUGCAGAUUCGUUGUGCCGCUGAGUAUCUUCAGAUGACGGGGACUGGAAAUCUUAUAGAGAUAAGCGACAAAUUCCUGCAAGACACCAUCACUUCCGGUAAGCUCAGCCGUUCCACGGGUGCCAUAACGUCUCUGCUACUUUAUUGUGUUACAAUCGGUCCGCUAGCGGAAGUGGCUGGGAUCGUAGAGGCGUGUUCGGAUGCUAUGGUGGAGUCGUGGCUCAAACCUCCCACAAAGUUCACAGAUCCUAGUAACCUGAAAAAGCAGGGAAGCUCAGUUGAUAAACGUGAUGACAAGACACUGAAGGGUCUUUGUAAUCUUCCUCUUGAGUGGUUCGUCAAGCUGAUGACUUCAGCUAGAGAGUGUGGAGUGCGACCGGGUCUCCUUGCCGACAUGGCCACCCGUUACAUCAGUCUGGUCUUGGAUAGAGAUGACAGUGAAAAGAGUAUGCAAGAUGCUGGUUCGAAGCCUGGGAAGGAAAGUGCUGAAAAGUCGACAAGUAAGAUAGAUGCGGUCAAGGGCACGAAAAAAAUAGACGCUGGGCACGUUCUAGAUGCUGUUAUAAUGGAACUUCCGGAAGAAGCGUUUUCUGAUGAAGUAAUGACUAUUGACUGGAUUACAAGAACUUUUAAAUUGGCGACAUUGCGUGGUUGUCGUUGUAGGCGACCUUUAGUGAAAGCGGCGGGAGAAAUAAUGAAUAAACUUGCACCGGAUGACCUGUGUAUUAUAUCGCCUUCUCUGUUACGUGACAUUGUGCAGGAGUCGUGUAACGACGAGGGAGAGGCCGAAAGGGCCUGCAGGAUUAUAGACACAUACAUGGCGGAGAUGGUGAGGAAAGGUGUGCUGACGGGCGAAACGUUCCGGCUAUUGGCAUCUGCCGCUCCAGACGAGGCUCGCAAGAGUCAUGAUCAGCUUUAUGGCAUACUUGAGUAUGUUCUCACGGCAGAAAGAGACAAAAUGAGUGACGACCAGCAACAGGAGCUUGUCAAUCGAGUGAACUUUACUUUGGUGAGCGAGGACAUAUUGCACCAAGCGCUUGCUUCAGACUUUAUUCCACCAGCGUACGUAGCAAAAGGCGCAUUGGCUUUGUGUGCUCGUCUGAAGAAAGAUCUAGAGGUGAUGACAGCAACGGCAUCGAAACAGGACGAAGAGCUCCGAAAAUACAACUACAGCUACAAGAGAGGAAAAGUGACGACAACUCCUGCGCCCAGGUCGGCGUAUAGCUCAGCCCCUCCCUAUCAACGCGGGGGGCUCUCCGACACAGAUUACGAGCCGACGAAGGACAGCGACCCGCUAAAGGUACUAGACAGCAUGCUAAGCGGUACGGACAGGCAGACAGACGAAGUCCUGGCGUCAGCAAGAAACAAGCUGGCUUCUGGUGCAGGUGCAGGGGUACCCUACAACUCCUUUCGGCCAGUACAAUUAGGGGAGCACGACAUCAGCUUCGAGGAGGAACUUGAGUUCAAAUACGACCGUGCAUUUCGGGCCAUGGACAAUUCUAGAGCCAAGCCUCGUUCUGGCGGAUAUGGUUACAGGUCAUCAUUCCGGUACUGAUCUCCGAGUCUCGUGUCGACGAACUUUCAACAAUUUCAUCAACGAAAAUGUAAAAGCAUUUGUAAAUUAUAUGCAGAUUUCAUGUUGGUGUAUUUGACACUCUGAAAAUGAACUAAGGAUCCCCGUACCACUGCCGUAUCUAGGCUUUAUAAAGUGUUAGUUUGUCGGCAUCAACAAAAUAUUAUCAACAACAAUGUUAUGAAUGUAAACAAAUUUAGCUGGUCUAGACCGGAUUCGAACCCUGGACUUUAGAUUGUUAUAUACUAUAACUCUAACUGACUGCGCUGUCUUGGCCCGUAUUCAUGAAACCGUUCUCAUACUCAAACUCAGAUUCUGUGCCCAAGCCAAAGUUCUUGUUCUGGCUAUAUAAACAUACAAAUCACUUGUUGUCAAUGAUUUGGAAGAGGUUUGGAGAUACGGAAAUCCGAAUAGCGUUUUCAAAGUCACACAUGACUUCUUGACAAUGUUACUGACAAAAUUUAAGCGAGUUACAAGAAAGUUAGCUUGAGAGCAGAAUCCAUACUAAGCACGAGAUGGUUUCAUGGAUAUGGGCCCUGGCCGUCUACGGAAGUGCUCUGGUCCAACUGUGCUGCUGUCAUAAACAAAACGAAAUCAAGGGGAGGUUACUGUAUAUAUACGAAAAAACAUAGUGCAGUGGGACAAUCAUUCUGAAGUUGAACGGUUGGAGAUUUUGUUCAUGCCCUCGUCUGUGUCUUACAAAACGUCACGUGGCAUGUGAAAGAAUAUACUUAUAGGAUGUGUAUCGAGGGGGAGGCAAUGUACAAUAGCUUAAGUUUAAUUACACCUGUUGUCCUUGUCUUAAGAAGCUCUGUGAACUGAUUUAGUCAAAGUAUCAACCUGUUAAUGUGGAGAGUUCCCACAUUUUUCUACUCUAUAUAGACUUUGGUUUUUUUUUCUGUUAAAUUUAUGUUAUUUCCUCUAUAUUCACGUGUGGAAUAUUCAAGGGAGUUGGAAAAUUUUGAAAUCUUUCCCAGUAAUGUUACAGAAAAACAUUAACAGAACAAAUACGAUCGAAGCUCGCGGUUUUAUAGUUAAAUUGUUCGGGGCUGUGUCACAUGUGUGUUAUAUGUAUCACUUUGAAAUGACACGUGUCACUUGUGCGUUAUAUGUAUCACUUUGACGUGACACGUGUCAUUUGUAUUAUAUAUGUAUCGCUUUGAUGUGACACAUUUCAAAUGUGUUUUAUGUAUCACUUUGAUGUGACACAUGUCAAAUGUGUAUUAUGUAUCACUUUGACGUGACACGUGUUACUUGGAUGUAAUAUGUAUCACUUAAAUUGAAUCGUUUACAAACUGAUUGCAAAACCAUUGCUUUUAUCCGGUUUUUAUUAAGUUAUCAUUUAAAUAUUGAACCUGUAUUGUUCAGUUCUAACUGUUAUAUAACGACAACAUCAGUAGCUCAAUUGUAACUCAGCGUUUCAUUAGUGAUGUCACAUGAACGUGAUAUGAACGGAGUGUGGACAUAACAUAUAGGACUGUGUUGAUAUGUUAAUUUGUAUACAUUUUAUAUAGCUUGUCACCCAAUAUAACUUCGAUGUGUUUCUUCUGAAUAACAGCAACACACACAAAAAAUCAAAUGAUUUUUGUGAUGUUGAAUAAGCACACUAAUCAAUAUGGUGGAAGUCGUUACCUCUAGGACGAACUUAUUUACAACAUUCCAUUUCUCUGUGUAGGUAGUCCUCGAACAUAAUUUGUAGAUACAUAUAAUACUUAAGUAUUUCCGUGGUCCACCAGGUAACCUUAUAAAACAUGAUAUCCUGUGUAUAGAAUACCGGUAUGUGUAUCCCCAAAUUACCUAGGUCAUACGGAAAUAUCUUAAUGUGUCUGAUUGUUGCUAGGCUAGACAUGUUGGGAUGAACGGGAAAUACCAGGGGAUGUCGUGGGAUGAACGGGAAAACCCCUAGUGGUUUUAUCAGGGGAUAUAGUGGGAUGUACCUGGACAAGGUUUUACACAUAUAACCAAAUAGUUAAUUCAUUAAAUUGUGAUUUUUUUUUAUCAACAGUAGUCUAAUUAAACAAGUUUUUCCAACGUUACCAAGAGACUGUUCAUGUUAUUUUGUUCACAGGUGCCAGAAAGAUUGAUCUAUAGUAUUUUAUAUAUCGAUAUGUCAGGCUUCUGUGAUUUUGCUGUGAUACAUUGUUAUCAAUUAUUUAUUUUGAAAUGUUAAAAGUGAAUUAAAUCAUUCGUUACCCAU